UCUUGUUAAAAGAAACGGAAGACGGCGUGUAGAGGGCGAGAAGAGAUGGGAAGGGAUCGCGGCAGCAACAGGAAGAGCCGGGACGAUCGUAGCUCCUGCUCCUCCUCCUCUUUCUCUUCCUCUUCCUUUUCUGACAGCGAGAGCCCCGAAAGGAGGAGGAGGAGGACGAAGAAACGGGAGAGGUCGAGCCGCCAAAAAGAUAGCAGCAGGCGUCGGAAGAGCCGACACCGAUCUGGGAAGGACUCACGGGAGAGUUCUCGUAAGAGGAAGUCCAGGUCGGAAGAUAAAGAGGAGCGGCGGAAGAGGAGACACAAGAAGAAGUCGCGUACAACGGCCGACUCGCCCUCGCUCUCGCCCUUUUCCAGCGAUGUUUCCGACACCGAAUCCUCAAAGCCAGAGGCGCUCGCUCGCCUCAUCCUUCGGAGAUAUCCCGAUGUCGCCGGCGAUCUCCAACAGCUUCUCCAAAUGAUAGACAAUGGACAGGGUGUUGAUAUCAGUGGAAUUUCUAACAACUCAUUGGUGAAACUUUUGAAGAAACUUUUCUGGUCUCUAAAGCUUAAGCAAAAUGAAAAUGGAGUUUUUUUGCGGCCUCAAAUGGGCCUUCCUACACUUAAGGUUGUUGGAUCGCUAUUAGGCUCACAUCUUAAACCUGGAGAUGGUCACCAUCCAAUUCCUGGAUCACCAGAUAGACGACGAUCUUCGCCAUCUGAUAAGAGAAGUAAAGAUGAUAUUGAUGCUGCACAAUUGGCAGAAAUGCAUGAUAAACAGGAAUCCCCAAUUCCCUGUAGAAGAAGGUUAAUUGGGCCUGAAAUGCCAUCUCGUGAGUUGCUAGAUGCAGCAGCUAAAUUAACAGAGGCAGAUAAUUUGCUGAGGGAAGCUGAUUUGGAAGUUGACGAUAAUUUGCUUAUAGGCCCUCCUCCACCUGCCAUGGUUGCUGAAGCUGAAUCUGCGAAUGAAGCUGAGCGGUUUGAGGAGGUGGCUCGAAUUGCUGCAGCAGAUGUCGAUAAACCGUAUGACGUACUUGGAGCAAAUUGGAAAACUUCAUUUGAUAGCAUCAAGAAAAGGUACUGGAAGUUAUCUCUAAUGGUGCAUCCAGACAAAUGCUCCCAUCCACAGGCACACCAAGCAUUUGUGAUAUUGAACCAAGCUUUCAAAGAUUUACAAGAUCCUGACAAGAGAAAAGCUUUGGAUGAGAAAAUUAAACUUAAAGAAGAACAAGAGGAGUUCAAGAUUGAGUUGCAGGCACUUUGUGAAGCUGCACAAUGGAGACGAUCACAAGGUAUAUCUAUUGAGGGUGAUGAGGAACUUCUUGCAAUCCCUAAAGAGGCUCCAAAAAGAGAGGAGUGGAUGACAACAUUACCACCUGAAAGGAAGCCAGGAAUGACUAUGCAGUCAACAUCAUUUAGUAGGACAAGUAAAGAAGGACGAGGAGAUACUAGCAUUUGGACUGACAGCCCUCUUGACAAAGCAGACAAAGCAAAGCAAAAUUAUCUAGAGGCUUACAACAGAACCAAAGCACUUGCUGACGCAGAUGACCAAAAGAGAGGAGCAAUUUCAGAUGCUGAGCUAGUUGACAAAUUUAACUCUUCCAAGCGCAAGAAAUCUCUUGUGCAAAAGCAUACAGAAGAAAUAAGUAAUCCGAGAAAGAAAUCCAAACAGCCGGAGAAAGAGGAAUGGGAGGGUAAACACCCUUGGAAACCCUGGGAUCGUGAAAAGGAUUUGGUAGCUGGACGGCAAAAGGUCAAUUUUGAUGCGGAGGAUAUGGUGCAAGGAUUGACUUCUCGUUUCUCCUCCGGAACUUACCAGAGAAACUUCUUGUGAGCAGUCCGGUAGUGUAAACUCUCUGUAUUUUAUUGUUCUCAGACAUGUCUGAUGGUUACCGGAGUUGCCGGCUGACUAGCUGUGGAAUCCAAUGCUUGGAAAAGGGAGAGAAAAGGAUGAGCAGAUGCAGAAUGGAGCUUCGGUGAUUUGUUUCUCUAUAUGAACAGAUCUGUGAUGCCGAACCUGUUCGUUUGCCCUUUCCCAUUGUUUGGUCUGCCGUCAUAUCAGUCAGACACCAUGUAACAUGGCCUGCUCAAAGCCUGAUUUACAUCGGCAUGGGCAUAGGCAUAGGCAUCUAAGUCUCCAAGAAUAAAUCAAUCAUAUUGUUAAGUAUUUACAUUAUUGUGCGUUAUAAUGAAUAUUUGAAUGCCCAAUUAUGCGUUUUGGUUA